UUUCAGCCCGCCUCCUAGCAACCUGGGUACCGCCCCUUAGCAACGGGCUUCCUGCUCCUCCCGUGAUGUCACAUGGGGGUUUCUGGCGUCAGAACGCGGAAGUGGCUGCAGUUUCACUUGGGACCCUCAUCUAACGGAGGUGGCGAGAUAGCUUGAACGAUGGCUCCCACCGGGCUCAAGGCAGUGGUCGGGGAGAAAGUCCUAAGUGGAGUGAUUGCCAGUGUAAAGAAGGAUGGGGAAUGGAAGGUUCUUCUUGUUGACCACACGAGCAUGCGAAUACUGUCCUCCUGCUGCAAAAUGUCAGAUAUGCUAGAUGAAGGCAUUACUAUUGUUGAAGAUGUGAAUAAGAGGAGAGAGCCGAUCCCCAGCCUGGAAGCUAUUUAUCUGAUUACGCCUUGUGAAAAGUCUGUUCGAGCUCUUAUUUCUGACUUCAAAGACCCAUGUGCACCCAUGUACAAAGCAGCUCAUAUAUUCUUCACAGACACUUGCCCUGAACAUUUGUUUAAUGAGUUGGGAAAAUCAAGGGUUCCAAAAGUAAUAAAGACAUUGAAGGAAAUCAAUCUGGCAUUCCUCCCUAAUGAGUCUCAGGUCUAUUGCUUGGAUGCACAGGAGUCUUUUCACACUCUCUUCAGCCCAUUUGGAAGAGCGGAAAGAAACAAAUGCUUGGAGAAGCUAGCAGAGCAGAUUGCAACAUUAUGUGAGACCCUCAAAGAAUACCCAGCUGUCAGAUAUAGAAGUGGCUAUGAGGACAAUGCAACUCUUGCUCACAUGGUGCUGGACAGGCUGAAUGCAUUCAAAGCUGACAACCCCAGUAUGGGAGAGGGUCCAGACAAGUCUCGUUCUCAGCUCCUGAUUGUAGAUCGUGGAUAUGACCCCGUCUCUCCCCUGCUGCAUGAGCUUACAUUUCAGGCUAUGGCUUACGAUCUCCUCGACGUCCAACAAGACAUAUACCACUAUGAGACAACUGGGAUUGGGGACUCCAAAGAGAAGCAGGUCCUCCUGGAUGAAGAUGAUGAUCUUUGGGUUGAGCUACGUCACAUGCACAUUGCUGAUGUAUCCAAGAAGGUCACAGAGCUCCUUAAGUCUUUCUGUGAAAGCAAACGAAUGACUACCGACAAGGCCAAUAUUAAGGAUUUAUCCCAAAUUCUGAAGAAAAUGCCUCAAUAUCAGAAGGAAUUAAACAAGUACUCCACACAUCUCCACCUGGCUGAGGACUGUAUGAAACAUUUUAAGGGAACUGUAGAGAAACUCUGUGCAGUGGAGCAGGAUUUGGCCAUGGGUUUAGAUGCUGAAGGAGAAAAAUUAAAAGACCCAAUGAAAAUUAUUGUACCAGUCCUACUGGAUCCCAGUGUCAAUACAUAUGACAAAAUCCGUAUUAUCCUGCUGUAUAUCUACCUGAAGAAUGGUAUUACAGAAGAAAAUCUCGCCAAGCUUAUCCAGCAUGCUAACGUACAAGGCGACAGCAACAUUAUUCGGAACCUACAGCACCUGGGAACACGUGUAUUAACAGGGCAAUCGUCCUCCACUGCCAACAAACUUGACCGAAAGGUCCGUCCAGAACCCACCUAUCAGCUGUCACGUUGGAAUCCAGCAAUAAAAGAUAUCAUGGAGGAUGCUAUUGAAGAUAAGUUGGAUAAAAAACAGUGGCCUUUUGUUUCUGAACCCUGUACUCAACCAGGAGUUUCCCAGAAUGUGGUGAGUGCUCGAUUUGGUCACUGGCACAAAACACGCAGUGCUGCAGAGUAUCGCUCUGGCCCACGGCUUCUGGUUUACAUUCUGGGAGGAGUCACCAUGUCUGAAAUGAGAUGUGCAUAUGAGCUAACCAAGGCAACUGACUCUAAAUGGGAGGUUUUGAUUGGAUCUACUCACAUCCUUACACCGACCAUCUUCCUGAAUGGUCUGAAAACUCUGGAUCAGACUUAUACCAAUGGUGAAUAAUGGGCUCCACUCUGCUGCUUCCAGGAUUCCCUAUUUCUGACCUCACAGCUGUCGCUGGUAACACUCCAUGAGACAGAUGGUUCUUUUGCCAAAACUGCCAACUCCUGUAUCCCUUGGCCUCUUACACCCCAUGCACCACAAAAACUCUCAACAUGUGGAAGUUAUGCUUGUCUGUUAAACCCACAAAUUAAUUGGAACAAGGACAUAUAUAUUGUGAUCUAUAUAUUUUUUUGUUUUUUCUUUAAUCCUAGAUGUCAUAAAUUACUUUUUCUUUUACACCUUUAAGUUAUGUUGUUUGACUUUUCUAUAAAGCCAAUUUCCUUGUGCUGCAAGUCAGUUAGAUAUUACAGGCAGUAGAGUUAAUUCAAUGAGCCACAAGUCUGAUGUAGUUGGCCCAAGGUGUCUUGGAAUAAAGCUUGCAUAUUGUUAUGCGAGUCUGAGCUUGGCAGGUAACAUGGGACCUGUUGCAGAGUAAUCGGACAUAGCUCAAUGUAGUGGAAUUUUGCUGCUGUCUCGGGUGUGCUGUGUUUCUCCUGAGUUAACUGCUUCCUAUUGAAGUUUUUUAUUUAUUUUUUUUCCCUGUUCAUUUCAUUAGGGUCAUAUUGAAAGUGCCUAAAAAUGUGUGUAAAUACACUAGUUUCUGAAAACCAACAGAUUUGAGCAUUUUUAAUGUUGGCAAAUUAGGGUAGUGUGAUAGAGAAGGUUCGUUCCAGCCGUUACCAUUGUUCUAAAUGCAAUUCUAGAUCUGCUGUACCUGCUGCAAUUUAUUUCUCAGGGAAAUAAGCUUAUUUUUAACUUUAAGUAAAUGUAAAAUUACAUUUGUGGAAAGAAGACUACUAGCCACGAUGUUUCCUUGUUUUCUGGCCAUCUUUUGACCACUUUGUGCUUGAUAUGCCCAGUUCUAUGAUAUGAACAUAACUGAAAUUUCAAUGGCACCCUCUGAAAACACAUUGUAUUAAUACGUAUGGUGUGUAAAGUCCUAAUAAGA